CUGUGGGAGAUAUAAAAGGUCAUGGAUAGCACAAGGCUGGCUAGUCCUCCUUCCUGCCUCAGUAAGUGGGUGCUCAAGGUUUGGUGGCUGGCUGAGAGACCCAUAGAAGCUUUUAGAAUGUUCAUCUCCCCCAAAUUUUACAGAGGGCUGGGCCAGCUUGAAGCCUACAUUGGUGUGGAGGAAGGAGUGGCCUUCAAAAUGGACAACCACCAAUUCUGGGACACAAUGACUGCUGGCUAUCAAUGGACCAUAAUGGGUGUAUCUGUAAAGAGAGACUCAAGCAAGUUUUGGGUAGUCCCUUUACCUUCAAGAAAAGUGAUGCUGAGAAACAGGCGUGGUAUGAACCUGGCUCCAGUGGAGAUAAGAACAGACCCCAGAACCUUUCCUGUUGUACCAGUCCCAUAUUCAGAAGAUCCGAAUCUAAAGUUUAGGGUCUACUACAAAGGUAAUAAGGUGGCUUUCCAGGCCCAUAAUGGUCUUUUCCUGGGCCGAGUAUGUAAAGAUUUUUGUAGACGGAUCAAUGCAUUGGAAGCAUCCAUGUUCUUCCCAGAUGACACCUGUUUUUUCCAGCCCGUGAUUGGGGACGUCCUUCUUCCUACCUUUAAAAUACUGAAUGUGAUUCCAAGGGGAAUUUCUCAGUUGGACUACUCCUCCCAUCUCAUUGAGACACGUGUUUUUAUCAACAGGGGAGAGGAACCCGUAGAACACACUUUCAACAUGACUUAUAGUGCCCGUAGUAUUGACAAAGUUUUCUGGAACAAUUUGUGGGGGCUUGGUUUGCCUUCAUUAUGUGCUUUCAAAGUUGACAGUGCAAGUCCAUCUGUGAUGUACAAUGUGAACAAUGACCACAUUGUCCCUCUUGUGAGGACAAUUUCUGAAGAGGUCCCAGAACAAGUGAUGGUACCCCCAAAAUCUGAAGUCAAAGCCUGCCUUUAUGCUGACAGGCAACGUUAUGCUGCUCUGCCUUUCAUAGCCACCAUCCAAAAAGUGAAACCUGAUGGCACCAUAGAGAUUUUCAGGGAAGCUGGGGCCUGGAAGGGGCUUGCCUAUCGUAACCUCAGAGUGGAGCACAGUGUUGUAAAGCUUUGAGCUGUAGAUGGCUAUGUGAUGCUCAUGGAACUAAUGGCCUUGUAAGGGGGACUGUGUGCCAGAUCAUAAACAGCCUACCCCCGAGGUUGUGGGGGUUUCUCCAUAAUCUCUGUCUGUUCCUUGUAGGACUGUAAUGCUUCGGAGACCAGUUUCUUCCUGACCAGGGCAGGUGAAGGCUUUGCCCUGGGGCAUCGUAGCAGUUCUUUUAAAAAAAAUUACAGGUGCCUGAAAAAAAGACAAUGAUGGCUACCUUUUUAUAGCAAGAGGGCGAGAAGCCUCACCUUGCAGCACUGUGUAGAGAACAUAAAUAAAAUUGUAAUGCCUUGUUUUUU